CCCAUCUCCUACUUUAUAAAUGGAAUAUACAUCAAAGAGAGCUGUCCCCGAAAUCCAUAAUCCCUUAAUCCAAAGGAUCGAGUUACUUUUCGAACUAAAGACUGGUAACAAACAAAAAGCAAUGGAAAUAAUUUAAUAAAAUUAAGAAGACAGGCAAGAAGUCCAAGAAGAGACGCAAGAAGAAUCGUCAUUCCAAGUCUGUGGAAGAAAUGCUUGGGCUACCCAAACAGUUCGAUUCGAGGAUGACCACUCCUGAUCGUAUCAAACAAGGGAGAAGGGUCUUCAGAGUACCAAAGAAGAGUGAGAAAGCUCUUAAGAAGUUUCAGAAAAAGAACAAGAAGAACAUUGAUAACUCUAUCAAGUUCCCUGAUAUUAAUAAGAAGUUUGAUGAUAAAAGGCUUAAUUUGAUAGAGCCACGCUUUAAUUACAGCCAUAUGAGGCAUCAUCUGGAUGGCAUAAUUGUGGACACGAAACGAAGCCACAAGAUUUGUAAGCAUUAUGGGCUGCAAAAGAAAAGCUCUGUUCCUAAUUUUAAUCACUCAUUGCUAAAACAUGCUGAUGACUCUGGAAUCAUGAGUAAGAGAAAUAGCAAGGAUAUUGGCAAGUCUAACUUGCUGACUGAAAGAUUUGGGCAGAAGAAGAAAGGUCCCCAACUUGAUCAGCCAAGGCUCGAGGAUUAUUUUGAGUAUCUCUCAGGCAGCGUCUCUAGUAUGUUGUCCAAAGCAGAUGAGAAGAACAAGAAAAAUGCAGAUAUUGAGUUCAAGGACUACAAUUAUGGACCUCAGAGUGACAUUAGCAAAUAUAUCAAAAUGAAGGAUGAGAACGAUGAGAUGAUCAAGGUUGAAAUCAAGAAUGUGGCCCAACCCACAGAUCUUGACAUUGACCAAGGCAUUUUCGACCAAGGCUAUUCCCAAGAAAGUCCUAGAGAAAGUGAAGAAUCUGUGAUUCGUGUCCAAAUUCCAUCAGAGAUUCAAUUGAAGGUGAAGGAAUAUCAAUUUGAUCCGGGAUUGGGUCCAUAUUCUGCAGCUCAGAAACAAGAUUUGUUGGAGAAGUUGUCUUUGAAGAAAGUUCUCGAAUUCAAGCCUAAUCCAAAGCCUUUUAAGUUUAAGUAGCUUGAUGGUUAUAAUCUUUGGAAAAUAUUUAACAUGA